AUGUCUUUCGCCAUCUUCCUUUUAUGCCUUGUUACCGUCCCUUUCUGUGUCCAUUCUCACCAAACUGAACCGCCUAAAGGCUUCACCUUAAGCUGCGGCGAUGCAGAUGACCGUAUGUUAGGUGUACAGAAAUUUGUCCCAGAUACAGAUUUCAUCUCUGUUGGUAAUGCAACGGCUCUCAAAACACCAGAUUUACUGUCAAUAUUAUCCACAUUGCGAUUCUUUCCGGAAAAGUCAGCUAGGAAAUAUUGUUAUACUUUUCCUGUGAUUAAAGGGAAGAAAUAUUUAGUAAAAACUAUAUACUAUUAUGGAGAGUUUGAUGGAGGGGAGAAGCCACCUGUUUUUGAUCAGAUUAUUGAUGGGACUAAAUGGUGCACUGUUAAUACCACUGAGGAUUAUGCCAAGGGACUAAGCUCCUACUAUGAGAUUUUUGUUGCAGCUGCAGGACACUGCCUUAGUGUUUGCUUUGCUAGGACUCAAAACACUAUUUCGCAUCCGUUUAUAUCAGCGAUUGAAGUGCAGCCCCUUGAUCAUUCUGUGUAUAAUGCCACUGACUUCACCAAGUAUGCACUUAGUACUGUUGAAAGGAGUAACUUUGGAGAUAAAACUGGAAACAUGAUUGGCUUUCCAGAUGAUAAAUUUGACCGACUGUGGCAUCCAUUUGAGGACAACAAUCAUAUUGUAGAUAGCCACCACAAUGUGAGCUCAGAAGAUUUUUGGAACAUGCCACCAUUGAAAGCAUUUACAUCAUCAAUUACAACAAGCCUGCCAAGAAAGUCACUUGAAAUCAUGUGGCCACCGGUGUCACUUCCCAGUAGCAAAUACUACAUUGCACUCUAUUUCCAGGACGACCGGAGCCCAGGCCCUCAUAGCUGGAGAGUGUUUGAUGUUGUUGUAAAUGGGGAGGCUUUCUACAAGGGCCUUACCGUCACCACCAAAGGUGUGACUGUUUAUGGAUGCGAACAGUCAUUGUUUGGACAGACUAAUAUCACCUUGAUUCCCAAAGGUGAUGUUGGACCGGUAAUCAGUGCUGGUGAAAUCCUGCAGGUUCUGCCUCUAGGAGGAAUUACUCUUCCUGCAGAUGUGGUGGCAUUGGAAAAUUUGGCAAAAGCGUUUAACAAUACACCUUCUGAUUGGAGGGGAGAUCCAUGCUUGCCUUCCCAGAACUCAUGGACUGGGGUUGCAUGUUCUAAUGAUAACCCAGCUAGAGUUGUUAACCUGAAUCUUACAUGCAUGGAGCUGUCAGGGACUCUAUCCGAAAGCGUAGCCAAUUUAACUGCACUUCAGAAUCUUUGGCUUGGAGGGAACAAAAUCUACGGUUCAAUUCCAAAUAUGAGAUCACUGAAGAAGCUACAAACAUUGCAUUUGGAGAACAACCAGUUGACAGGAAAAAUCCCACGAUGGCUAAGCCAACUUGGGGAGCUUCGUGAGCUAUUCCUUCAAAACAACAAUCUUGAUGGACGAGUUCCUGACGCUUUAAAGAAAAAGAAUGGAUUAUACAUUCAGGUGUCUCCUGGAAAUCGUUUCGCAGAAUCAUAA